AAGAACCGGUUGGACCGCGUUUUGACUCAAGUCACCUGAAUGAAGAAAUGGAGAACUAGUUUUACCAAAGCGAGUCAGAGGGAGAUCUAAAGCGAAACACAAGAAGGGAGAGAAAACAGGCUGCAGCUCCGGGUACCAAGUCCAAGCGGCGACUGACAGGCAGCAGUCGACGCUUCGUCUCUCUGCGCCGCUCUCACGGUUGUCUCGGACUUUUAAACACUUCGUAAAGUUUUUGUUUUAAUGAAAACACGUUUGGAGGAUAAAAGACUGCGGUGGAAUCAGUUUGGUGUCCUACUUCCGAGGCAGGCUGUCCCGGGACAAACGCACACAUCUGUAAUAACAAAUACACGACCACAGCGACAGACACAGUGAAGCCCCACAGUGAGGAGGACUGUGUGUGUCAACAUGCCUGUGCGACAGAAAGAUGCUCAGCGAGCCCUGGAGCUUCUCCAGCAGUACCGGGCCAAACUUGACCAGAGGCAGCAGAAUCAGAGUCGGACCAAACAGGGCCAUGUGGAUGAUGACCAGCAGCUGCAGCAGUCUCUGGACAGAGUCAUCAAUGUCUUUCAGAGUCAGCUCUUUAAUGCUCUGCUUGACAUUCAGGAGUACUACGAGUUGACCAUCCUUCAAGACAGUAAGUGUUCUGUUGACCAGACAGACGGUGCAUGGAACCUCCAUGCUUCCGGUAACCUGCCAGCAGAGCACUCAGCUCAGGCACAGCCUUCUUCUGCUCCCCGGAGCCCCCAAGCUUCUGAGGGAUCAUCCCAGCUCAAACCUCUGGCCCACAGACCCAAGUCAGUCAAGUCCCCUGCCCCUCCAAUCCCAUCUGGAAUACCCACAAAGAAGCCAUCUUCCCCUACAAUACAGUCCAUUACACCUCAGUCACAGCCAUCUAAGGUCAAGUACCGUGCUCCUCUCCCUCCUGUCCAGCCUGGAUCCCCCAUAUCAUUAGCAUUAGAGACUCAGAACAAGCCCUUUUCUCCCUCUGCAGCCACAUCCCCUAGGUUCACGGUGAAUGGUGCAGAAACCCCGACUGGUUAUAUAAAUAAACAUUUUACUGCCACCAACUCUCUUUCUUCGGAAAGCUCCAACACCUCUGGCAAUCCACAACCCUGUUCUGCCUCUCCAGACUUCAACCUGGUGACUGUCACAGCCCUCGUCUCCAGCACCAUCCAAGGCCUUGUGUCUCCAACCACUCCAAACAAAGAUACCACUACCAGCCCAGGUCACAACAGAGUCCCAGAUGCUACCAUAAUCUCUGGUCCUUGCUCAACCAGCAAGGACCCAGGCAUCGACAGAGUCAUUCCCAGCACGAGCCCAAUGAGCCCCAACAGAGGAAAAUUUAGCUUCAGCAGCCCACCUUUGACUAAAGGGCCUCACCUGAGUCCAACCAGCCCUGGGCCAGGAAAAGUCACCUCCACUAAUCCUAGUCAUGGUCCAACCAGCCCGAGGCCACCUACAAUCCCACUGACCCCCAACAAGAAGUAUCGGUAUCAAGAAGAGGACGGGGCAUCACCGGGUGCCCCGACACUCCAUCAACACCCCUGCCAUCAGCACCCAAUGGGAGUAGCCAGAGAGCUGAGGGACAGGGGGACCCUGGGGAGGGAAGGGAGGGAGGGGGGGACCUGGAGGAGAGAGGGAGGGAGCACUGGGACCACGGAGAGAGAAAGGGAGCGGUCACUGGGGAGGGAUGGAUCUCUCAGUCGCCACCCCGGUGACCUACGGGGCGCGGAGCUUGUUCAGGUGGCGGAGCGGCAGCUGUCUCAGAUUCAACACGUUCAUGGAUACAUCACUCACACACACAUCACACCUGCUCAGGUAGAAUCACCUGAGGUUCCCUUUGAUGACGAGGUGUGGCCUCACCCAGAGGGAGAGAGACUGAAUGAAGUACCACCCCCGCCUUUCUCCUCCCUCUAUUCACAAAGCCACGCUUACUACCAGGCCAAUCCCCCUCCAGUGGUGGUCAACACUGACACCGUUGAUACCCCCCCAUAUGUCAAUGGAACAGAAGCAGACUAUGAGUAUGAGGAAAUCACGCUGGAGCGGGGAAACUCAGGACUGGGGUUCAGUAUCGCUGGAGGGACCGAUAACCCUCACAUCGGAGAAGACCCCUCCAUCUUCAUCACCAAGAUUAUACCUGGAGGGGCUGCAGCCCAGAAUGGACGACUCAGGGUCAAUGACUGCAUAGUCCGGGUAAAUGAGGCAGAUGUCAGGGAGGUGACACACAGCGGGGCUGUGGAGGCACUGAAGGAGGCUGGAGGUCUUGUCCGACUAAGUAUACGACGCAGGAGGAGCCUCACUGAGAGAAUCAUGGAUAUCAAACUGGUCAAAGGGCCCAAAGGGUUAGGGUUCAGUAUAGCAGGUGGAGUUGGAAACCAACACGUCCCCGGUGACAACAGCAUCUAUGUGACUAAGAUCAUCGAGGGAGGGGCUGCACAUAAAGAUGGACGGCUACAGAUAGGGGACAAACUUGUAGCUGUGAACGCCUCCUGUUUGGAGGAGGUAACUCACGAGGAGGCAGUGGCUGCCCUGAAGUCCACUCCUGAUGUUGUUUACCUCCGUGUGGCCAAACACACAUCCCUUUUUAUUAACGACAACUUCCCUCCACCCGACGUGACUAAUUCGUGCUCCCCACAUCAAGACAACCAUAUAAGCCCCUACAUGAGCGGCAGCCAUUCUGUAAGCCCCGCCCCACUGACCACGCCCAGAUACUCACCCCUGCCGAGAGCCAUAACCGGAGACGACGACAUCUCCAGGGAACCCAGGCGGGUGGUGCUCCAACGGGGGUCCACAGGACUUGGUUUUAACAUUGUUGGAGGGGAGGAUGGAGAGGGAAUCUUCAUCUCCUUUAUUCUAGCUGGAGGUCCAGCUGAUCUGUGUGGGGAGCUACGGAAGGGAGACCGCAUCCUGUCGGUGAAUGGUGUGGACCUGUCCAGUGCUACACAUGAGCAGGCAGCCGCUGCUCUGAAGAAUGCAGGACAGAAUGUUACCAUAGUAGCACAGUACAGACCUGAGGAGUAUAGUCGUUUCGAGGCAAAGAUUCAUGACCUGAGGGAACAGAUGAUGACCAGCAGUGUCAGCUCCAGCUCCACGUCACUCCGCUCCACACAGAAACGCACACUUUACGUCAGGUAAUGGACACACACACACACACAGCAGACAGAAGUGACUGAUUGUCUAGUGUCCUUCAGCAUGACAUAACUAUUAUAAGGUCUUAUCUCAGCUGCAGCCACUACGUUUGGUGUGUGUCUUCGAGACGCUGAAAGAGAAGUAAUCACGUCGAAAAGCACAAUUAGAUUGUCUGGCAAAUACUGUCUAUCACACAACACAUCUAUCGCCUGUCAACUAUCUUGUAUCAGUGUGCUUGUGUGCUCCUGUGUCCUUGUGUCAUCCUUAUCCUCGCCUGUCCAGUUUUUUCAGUCUUCUCUGAAUCACCCAGUCCCUCCUUAGUUUCCUGUACACACACACUUUUAAAGUCCUUUCUUUACAAGGAUCACAGCAUUUGAAGUAUUGAUUCAACGCUAGGUCACUUAUAAGUCACAAUGGAGCACUCGAGAGAUCAAUAGAAUCGAAACAGAGACAGCAGCUCUAAUGGUCACACUGAUCAUUGUUAGGCUCAUUGUUUUAGUCAUUAGCUACAAACAAAGAGCAAAUAUGAGCCAGCCACAGUCAACUAAAAAAUGAUAUUUUUAUUCACAUGAUGACCAAUCAAAGGGAGAGAACGAGGGAGUUAAAUCAUCAUUGAACAGUAUAUACUGUACAUUAUUUAUAGGAGAAGGAGAAGCACAAUUCAAUUUAUCCAAUCAAAAUUAAGAUCACACUAACACUGUGACAACAGUCACUUAUUCUGUAACAAGAACAGGAACAUGCUGCUUCCUCUGAGGUAGGGUUGCUCCAUUAUCACAUUCUGAUUAUUCAAUAAUGAACUCCAGAGAGAGACCAGGUUCAGGACUAUAACAUCAACGGUUCAACGACAACAUCACAUCUGUGUCUGGUCAGGCUUGAAAGGAACUUGUUAGGGAGUUUUACAAAUGUCUUUUAUCUGUCAUAGUAAAUAACAUAGAUUUUGUCUCAGCCAUGACUAAUGACUAAUGAGCCUAAAUUGGCUCUUGGUGGACAUUGUGAGUGAGUCUUGUGCUGGUAACAUAUCACCUCUAUUUUGUAUCUUUGUUUUUGUGGCCUAGAAGGAAAAUGCAGCAGCAGCCGGGUCAGAGUCACCUUGAACUACUCACAUUCUCUCACACACUGACUCACACUCAGGGCAGCACUGUGGUCAGACUCUAUAGAAGAAAAAGGUCACACUAAUCCCUCUGGGAGCUGUAGUCAUCCAUUGACUUAAAAUUGCUGUUUUAUUGAAUAUGCACCUAAAUUAUGAUUCUCGUUUUUGUUGGAGUCGAUGCCAGAGGACCCACAGUGCUUUUUAAACCCUCCAAUGACAUACCACCAUUAAAACAAAUGACUGUCUUUGUGAUGUGUGAAUGUAAAUUCAAUAGAAAACUAUCGGGAAACAUGCAGCUGCUUGCAGUCACCCUUGUUAAUUUUUUUUAAAUAGGUAUGAUUGUCACAAGCAUAAGUUAAGUAGCCACUG